GUUGUCGAUGAUGAUAGAAGAGAAGGCUUGUUUCUCAAAACAUUCGCAGUGGCCGCCUAAGGCUUUCGCCUUUCGCCGGGCUUGAGAGCCAAUGCUGUUCUUUUAUCCUUCCUUGGAUGUCUGAGACUCUCUACUAUACUAUACAGUUUAUUAUUAUGGUUUGUUAGUUGUGUGUAAUUGCUAUUGAUUAGGACUAGGAUCGAUGAGGGUAAAACCAAGGCUUGUUUCUCAAAACAUUCGCAGUGGCCGCCUAAAGCUUUCGCCUUUCGCCGGGCUUGAGAGCUCAUGCUGCUUCUUUAUCCUUCCUUGGAUGUCUGAGAUCCCUCUUAUUCUCUCUUUACUUUUGUUUUUGAUCUGUCUUGUUUGUUUUUAACGACCCUUCUUGGUUAAUUUUUAAUGUGUCACAAAAAAAGAACGAGAAAGUGUUUAAAAGGUUCGAAGAUUACGUUGUUACUGCUACAAUAUCUAGAACCAGUUGCGAAGAGUUUGGAUGACCCUGACGAGUGACGACAACUUCGAAGCUUUGGAACAUGAUUUGUUAACAUUAAUCCCACAAUUAAGUUUUAGUAGAAUAUGAAAGGAUGCCAAGGUGAUAUUAAACCCAACAAUACUUACUUAGCACACCCAAGUUUUUUAAAAACCAAACUAAGGAGGAUCAUACAUAAAAAAAAAAAAAAAAAGCCCUGACGAAUCGUUUACGACACUGACUUCUUUCUCUAUCGAUAGUCCCGCCCUUCAUAGCCGAAUUUCAAAUUCGAUUUCUCUUCAAGGGAUGAGCGAUUUCAUUCAGAUAUCUGACAGCGAGGAUGAAACUACUCCACCACCGUCUAAAAGGGCUCGAAAGAAUCCUACUGCUACGGUUUUGAACUUGGAUACCGAUCCUUCACCGCAGAAACAACCGCCGGGGUCUGCUUCUACUCCAUUGGUCCUCGUCGACGAGGCACCUCUCUUUGACGAUGUCACUGUUGUCAAGUCUUCUUCCUUUGUUUCCGGAAUCGGAGUUUCUUCACACCGUGAGUCUCACACGUUCUCCGGUAAACGAGUAAUAUCUCUUGAGUCGGAUUCUGAAGACAAUUCCGAACCUGGAACUGCAAAGAAGUUGUAUGAACCUGUGCAUGGUGCUGAUGAUUCUUGGAAGCAACGUUGUGGAUUGGAAUCUGGAUCUAGUGAUGCUGAUUCUGAUGAUGAUACUAGCUGGAUGCAGAGCGCUGGUUUUCGAUCUACAAUGUCUAAAGAUGCUAUUGAGGUCGAUUCUGACCAUGAGAAAGAAGAUACAAGCGAUGAGAAAAUGGGUCGACAGAAGCAGGCUGAAAGUUACAAAAGUACCUAUCUUUCUGUUGAUGCGUUGCCUAAAAAGAAGAUGUCUAAAGAUGAAAAGAUAAGCGCGGCAGAGGAAAAGAAGUUAAGAAAUGAACAAGAGAAAUUACAAAAAGCUGCCAUGAAAGCUGAAGAUGCUGAGCAUAAAAAGUUGGAGAAGGAAAAGAAGAAAUGGGAAAAGGACAAAGCCCUUAAAUCUAUUGUCGCCUUGAUUGACAAUAAACUGAUUGAAGAAUCUUUUGGAGUUGAUACAGGACGUCUCGUUUCGGGGUUGCAAGAGAAAGGCAUUACAUACCGUGUAACCUCUAAUCCAAUUGAGAGAUCCAUUGUGUGGGAAAUUACACUUCCAGAGGAUAUUGCUCAGAGUUUGCCCCUAGGGUCCAAGAUUCCAUACGUUUUACUUGUGUAUGAGGCUGAAGACUUUUGUAAUCUUGUUGCUAAUAAAGAACUUCUAGAAAACGUCUCCAGAGUUCGUGAUGAAUACCCAUCUUAUACAAUAUGCUACCUCACCAAUAAGUUAAUGUCCUACGUAAACAAAAAGGAGAGGAUUGACUACAAUGACCGUGCAAAUCGCAGUGGUUGGAGUAAGCCUCCUAUUGAUGAGGCAAUUGCAAAAUUAACUACUCACUAUAUUGGAAUACAUUCCAGGCAUUGUGUAGAUGAGGCUGAGGUGGCUGAACAUGUUGUUCGUUUAACAAGUAAUCUGGCCUAUUACCAAGUCAGGGAUAAGUUAACUCGGUGGUCAGUAUGCGCUGAUAGUACAUUAAUGUCCCAGAAGGGAGCUGAUAAGCACUUGAUUAGAGAGAGCCUAUGGUUAAAAGUGUUGGUAGCAAUACCAAAGGUACCGCCAAGACACGCUUUAGCAGUGUCAAAGAGAUACCCAUACUUGAAGUCUCUUCUUGAGGUUUAUAUGAAUCCUAACAUGUCGGUUCAUGACAAGGAGUUUAUACUAAAAGACUUGAAAGUGGAAAAUUUAGUAGGAGAAGACAGAAAGGUAGGUGAGGCCUGUUCGAAGCGGAUAUACAGAGUGCUUAUGUCUAAAGAUGGAACCCUUAAGACUGAUGACGUCGUAGAUGGUGCUGCUUCCUUCACACUUCCUCCAUAUGACUUAGACUAGAAGUAAGAGAACAUUAAAAAGUCUCAUAACUUUCUCUGUCAGACAAAACAGAAGAAUGAUUGCGUCUGAGAUUUGUUUUCCUUUUGUAUAUGUAUGCAAGUUCAUUAUGUAUUAUCUGAAGUCCUUAAUGUGUGUGUCCUGAGUCGUUUUAUAUAUCUUGAUUUUGUUAGUAAAGAAAGGUAUUGUUGGUUCCGUCUCUGAUGUUGCACAUCUUAGUUUUCUCGAACAGCCUAUUAGUGUUGGAAGAGUGUUAUUUC